ACUACCACGCCCACACACAAAGUGUUUAGCAUGGGUGCUGGCCAUUUGUAACCAGGCGGAUCAAUGGUAACAGGUGUUUGAAGUUUCACGGUGCUAGACGAAUAUUAACAGCGGCUUCACACCAGUUACGGUAAUAUGAUCCAAUGACGCCAAAAAAAAAAAACCAAUUUCAAUAGCUGGAAGUAACUCAGGACCCUUUCUAUAUUCAAUAUUGAAGACAAGCCGAGACAAGAAAAUCGGAUGGACAUGACUUGUUUACUUUAAUGCUGUCCAACUGAAGGGACAUGAUGCACUGGGGAAAGACCAAAUUGCAGAAACUGUUGCUCAUUCUUGUUGGAAUUUGGAUUUUAUGGCUUCUUUGCGAGCAGACAUUACAUUGGUACAGAAAAGGCAGAAUCAAGUUGAAAGACACCGGGCGUCCAGUACAUUCUGUGGUUCAAACUGAUAUUCAUGAGUCUGUGCAUUCUUCCUUCCCUCCCCUUCCAAUACACAAAGAGUCUACAGUACAUUUGACAGUUGAGAAGGAGACAAAGGACCCAGCGACAUCAACUUUGGACAAUAACAGGACAGAAGCAUACUCCCCAGGCACUUGUAUCAAAGGUUUUGUACAGAGAAAAUUCAGAGAAUCUAUGCCAAGAUUUGACCCUGACAUGCACCUGUUCAUCACCAACAACUUUAGAAAGUGGGGUGUGCUGGGUAAAUACAGCAAAGGACUGCCAUUUGAUUUCUCUCACUCAAACUUGUUUAGGUUGAACACCCUGUUGAAGCUCCUUCCCACUACAUGGAGGCCAGUCAUCAAAAGUGAUAGUGGGUGCAGACGAUGUUUGGUUCUGGGCAAUUCUGGAGCACUCCUGGACAAAGGGCUUGGACGGGUAAUAGAUGGCUAUGAUGUAGUUAUAAGGAUGAAUGACGCUCCCGUCAAAGGUUAUGAGAGCGAUGUGGGGUCUCGGACCGACUUUCGCUUUUUUUACCCGGAGAGUUCAACUUUGAACCAGGCCGACCUUGACUCUGGUACCUACUAUGUUGUUGUUAUGUACAAGAGCAAUGACUUGAAUUGGCUGCAAGCUGUCCUCACUAAGGUUAAACCGACAGGUCAAUUUUGGAAGGGAGUUGCACAGAAGUUGGACAUUGAUCCUGCACAGUUCCUGAUUCUCAACCCUCAGGUUCUCCAUGUGGCAGCACGGGAUGUCAGGCUACAGGGUAGGUGGCCCACCACAGGUCUGAUAGCCACCACCUUUGCCCUUCACUACUGUGAUGUUGUGGACUUGGCUGGAUUUGGGUAUGGUUCCUCCAUCUUCAACCACUACUACGAGCGUGACAAAACUGGAGGUCUACCGGCCGGGGGCACACAGCAUAAUGGGACUGUAGAAAAGGAAUAUCUUAUUCGUCUGCUAGAUGAGGGAGUUAUAAGCCAUGACUUGACUGGAGUUUAUAAAAACAGCUCCAAGACAAGAUUUUCUAGGAUGGAAAAGAGCACAUCAUGAAAACUGGCUAAGUAGUUUAACUUUGUUGUGUGAAAUUGUUUAAACAUUUUCUCAAAAUUAUGACAUAGGCAUGAUUACAGCUAAGUACAUUGAAGAAAUAUUUCAAAUACAUAAGCAUUUGGAAAAUCAAUCUGUUUUUAAAAAGGGUUGUUUUAGUACAAAAGUCAAGUUUUAAUUUUCUUCUUCAUUUUUUGAUCCUUGUUCAAGACAAUAAAGAUUUUAUAAACGUACAAUGUUAUGUACAGUGUAUAUAAAAUUCGGAUCACUUGAUAAAUAAAUGAAUAGCGGAAUGACAUUGACACAUUGUCAUCAUUGGUGUUAUAACGUUACUAAUUUCUUUCCAUACAUGUACAAAUGUAUUUUGUUUGAGUCAGAGACCAAAAUCAAGUAUAUCCACAUUCACAUUAUUGCUCACUGUCAAAGUGAGAGCAGAUAGUCUUUAACGUUACAUUUCGAGAAAUAUAAGAGCUAGUUAACAUUAAAGGGACAAUGAUUUUGAA